GUGUCCCUACGUCUAGUCCCUUCUCCAAUAAUGCUUGAUAAAUUAUGCGCCUCAAGCCGCUUACUAGUCAGAAUUGGUUCUGCACUUUCCAGAAACAAACAAAGCAAAAGAAGCACGCAUACCGAGAUCUUCAAUGGCCGCAGCAGAGAAGCAAGUGAUGGUGGUUGGCGUCGAUGAUAGCGAGCAUAGCUUGUACGCUUUGGGCUGGACGCUCGAUCAUUUCUUUGUCCCCUUCGCUUCUAAUUCUCCUUUCAACCUCGUCGUCGUCCACGCCAAACCCACUGCUGCCUCUGCCGUUGGUCUCGCUGGACCCGGGGCUGCUGAGGUUUUGCCGUUUGUGGAUGCGGAUUUGAAGAGGAUAGCUGCUAGGGUUAUUGAGAAGACUAAGGAAAUCUGCAUGAGUAAAUCGGUGGAUGAUGUGAUAUAUGAAGUGGGAGAGGGUGAUGCCAGGAAUGUUCUCUGUGAGACUGUAGAGAAACACCACGCUUCAAUACUGGUUGUGGGUAGCCAUGGUUAUGGAGCUAUUAAAAGGGCGGUUCUAGGUAGCGUGAGUGACUACUGUUCUCAUCAUGCCCACUGCAGCGUGAUGAUUGUGAAGAAGCCUAAGAUCAAGCACUGAGACGACUGACCUGCUUCUGAAUGAACAGAAAUUGCAAGAGAUUCUUCUAUGUAAUGAAAAUAAUGGUACACCCUAUCAAUGUCAGAUGCUUGUAUUUCAUAAUUGCUGCUAGACUGUUUUGUGUAUGCAAGUACCUGGUCGAUAAAAAUUUGCUGUUACCCUUCAUACUUUAAUUGUAUUAUGAUAUGUAAUUAUGAUUUGACAA